AUCUAAAUUGAUGUAGAUAAAUAGAUGUACUUUAUUUUUGUAACACACAGUUUCAGAAGCAUCAUCGGGGAUUUUUCACUCAAACCGUUAAGUUUGAAUUUAAUGUUUAUCUAAAUUAAACUUGUACAUUAAAAAAAAAAAAUAGGCAUUUUCUGAAUUUUUUUUAACGUUAUCACUCAGGCUUUGUUCCUUUGAUGAAUGUCACUGAAGGUCACCAAAGCAGCAGCCAUAUACCUUUGAAGUCUGUCCCUACAUAAGCGUCAGUUUUCAGUCAGUUUUCAGUCAGUUCUCUUCGGAAUACUUGGCUCGUUGCACCUGAACUCUGUUCUUGCUCCUGAACUCUGUUCUUGCUCCUGAACUCGUUUCUUUGGAUUUGCCUUUAAGAGAACUACGAUUGAUUUGAAUCAACAUGAUCCCAACACACGUGGUCUUUCUCAGCGCUGCCUCCUACGAGUCCGUCAGCUGCGUCACUGCAAACUUUCAAGCCUUCGUGACGGAUCUGAGUCACGAGGACUUGGACGUUGAGGAGAACCUGCAGGAAAUGGUUGAGCUCAUUUUCAAGAGGGCCGUGAAGAAACCAGACUCUGCUGCAGUCUUCGCGGAGCUGUGUCAACACCUCUCAGAAGUGGAGUUCCAAUCCUUGUCUGACUGGUCAGCCAGCGUCUCCUUCAGGUCUCUGCUGGUUAAACACUGCCAGGCAGAGUUCAUGAAAAACUUGGACAAGGAGGGCAUUCAUCAAAAGAGUUGGUCCUGCCUGAAGCCAGUCCAGGACUUUCACUUCAAGCUGUGA